AUGUGUCCGACGAGUGUCUGCUUCUGGCGCUCGCUAUCACCGAUGGCGAACGUGGACUAUGUGUGCAUUAGCGACAACUACUGGUUGGGAACCACUAAACCCUGUCUCACGUACGGUCUCAGAGGGAACGCCUACUUCUACGUGGAGGUCGAGUGCGCCGCCAAAGACCUGCAUUCGGGGUCUUAUGGCGGGUCAGUACACGAGGCGAUGACUGAUCUCAUGGUAUUGUUGUCUAAACUGAUCGACAGUAAGGGAAAUAUAUUGGUUCCCGGAGUGAUGGACGACGUGUUGGCUAAAACAGCGGCCGAGGAGGCCAUGUAUGAGAACAUCGAUUUCGACCACAACUUAUACCGUCAAGAGAUCGGAACCAAACGGCUCCUAUUCGAGACAAAGUCCGAGAUAUUAGCCCAUCGGUGGCGCUAUCCGUCGCUCUCGAUCCACGGCGUUGAGGGCGCCUUCGCAGGUCCCGGCGCUAAGACAGUGAUCCCACGCAAAGUGAUAGGCAAGUUCUCCAUACGACUGGUGCCCGACCAGAAUCCGGACAAAAUCGGCGCACAAGUCAUCGAUUACCUGAAGAGUGAGUUCGCGAAACUGGAUUCUCCUAACAGACUCACUGUCAUCAGACGUAAGGCCAGUAGGCCGUGGGUGGCCGACACCGACAAUAAGAACUUCACAGCUGGAAAGUUGGCCAUCCGUUCAGUGUUUGGUGUGGACCCGGACCUGACCCGUGAGGGCGGUUCCAUACCAGUGACCCUCACGUUCGAAGAGGUGACCGGAAAGAGUGUAAUACUGUUGCCGAUGGGAGGCUGUGAUGACGGCGCCCACUCACAGAACGAGAAGAUCGACAGAAACAACUAUAUUGAGGGCACAAAAGUGUUGGCCUCUUAUAUCUAUCAGUUGUCUAAAGUGUAAACUAAUUUUUGUGUAAAACAAUUAAAAUCAUAACUUUUGAUAUACUAAUGAAUUUAUACUCAGUG